GAUAAAGAUAAAGAUAAACAAAGCCCAACCCACCACACUGGUCUCUUCCACUUUUUCCCAUUUGCUUUGUGAAGCCUAACCCUAAUAAGCUUUUUCACAAAAUAUACCCAAAACACAAUCAGAAAUGGAAGCACCGACGCCAACACCAACACCAACACCAACACCAACACCGGAACUUCCAGAAGAUAUCAUUCCCGACAUACUGAAAAGGCUUCCGGUGAAGUCCCUUGUACGAUUCAGGUGUGUUUCCAAAUCUUGGCACUCUCUUAUUACCAGUUCUUCUUUCAUCCAUACGCACCUCCACUUCAAAAAAUCCAGGUCCCUUAUCCUUCUGGCUCGUUAUUGUGAGACCCUUUUGUCCAUAGGCCCCCAACAACAACAUCAACCCGAUUUUAAUAUUACUACUACUACUGCUGUAGAUGGUUUUCAAAAGGCUGUUGAGCUUGACUCUUUUGUUCUCGUUAAGAAUUUGCCUUAUUAUGUUAAGGGUCAUUGUGAUGGCUUGAUUUGUGUGGUUAUCAAAGAUGGUGGUGAUGGUGCUCUCGUUUUAUGGAAUCCAUCUAUUAGGCAAUACAAGAGGCUUCCACUUCCACGAAAUUUUCAUUCCACUAGGGAGGUUUUUGGUCUUGGUUUCGAUUCUACCAUCGGGGAUUAUAAGGUUGUUAGAGCCCCAUCUAGUUAUUGUCAAAUGAAGAUCAAGGAUUACCAUCCUCAGGUCGAGGUCUUAACUUUAGGAUCCAAUACUUGGAGGAAAAUUCCAGACGAAGACACUCCACCUUUUUGUAUUGAGCAUUUCUUUCAAGCCACUAAUGCCAAUGGUGCUCUGUAUUGGCUUGUGGCGGCCAAUGAUGACCCCUUCCACUGUGAAAUUUUGCGUUUUGAUUUGGCUAAGGAGAAGUUUAAGGUGGUGCCAUCCCCUCCUGAUACAUUUCAUAGGAAUGUAUCGUGGUUGGGGACUUUGGAAGGCUCGCUUUGUGCAAUUCAUACGCAGAGGUUGAGCUAUGUUGACGUGUGGACGAGUAAGGAUGAUGAGACUUGGACCAAAUUGAUUACCAUUCCGAGGAUGCCUGGACCUGAAGCUUCUGUUAGACAUUCUGAUUAUGUGCCCUUAUGUUUCACCAGCAGCGGUGCAGUGGUGAUUGGAAUAAAAUUGGAGGGCUUUGUUACUUAUCACCCGAUAGAGAAUAAGGUUAGCAAACUGGCUGUUCAGGGUGUUGAACAUUGGUUACAAGAAACCGUGUGUGCUGAGAGUUUGGUUUCACCCUAUGCUGCGGAUGAACCUGCUGCUGCAAGACAACACCAAAUGAGGUCGGCUCACACGGCUUCUCGCAGCCUCUGGCAACUGAUUCUUGGUUUAAAGCACGGUGUGGCAAACUAUUUCUCUUGUUCUAGUGGUGAUCCUAGACAAUGAUAAGGAGAGUGCCUACGCUUAAGCAUGCAGAAUUUGAUUUCACCUUAUGGUGUGGAUGAACCUGCUUCUGCAAGACAACACCAAACAGGUUGGCUCACAUGACUUCUCACAAACUCGGGCAAUGGCAAAAUAUUUUUCUUCUUCUGGUGGUGACCAUGGACACCAAUAAGAAGAGUACCCUAUUCUUGAGCGUAUGAAGGUUGAUCCUUAAUUACAGUUCAUGACUGAAAAUUCCAUUUCAUUGCCUUCAAAUGUUGCUGCAGUCUUUCUUUCAACCUUAUGGUACUAAUGCACCCACUGCUGCCAGGCAACACCAAACAGAGUUGGCUCAUAUGACUUAUCAAAAUUCCUCUUGUUUCUAGCGGUGACCUCGGACACUGAUAGGAAUACCUACUCAUAAGCAUGCAGAGGUUGCUUCCCAAUUAGUCAUGUAUAAAAAUUUUCAUUUCAUUUCCUUUACUGCAGUAUUUCUUUAAAGCACUUGGUGAACAAUGUCUGUUUAUUACUUCUAAUUACUAUACUUGGAUCAAUGUUUUCACAUCUA